GGGGCGGCCGCCCUGCGCCUGCUCCACGUGCUGCACGGCAGCGUCCACCCCGUGCUGGCCCCGCUCUGGAGCAAGAGGGUCCCCCUCCUGGUGGAGCAUAUUGAAGAGAACACGGAGCAAUCCCUGUCCCAGAAGGAAUGGGAGGAGAAGCUGCUGCUGGUAAGGUCCCCGUGCUGGGCGGCCGUUGCUGACAGUGCCUGGAUUGGCCAUUUUGUGAUGGAAAUGUGCCGGCAGCUCAGCAGCUACAACGGCUUCCCCAUGGAGAAGAACUUCCUGUACAAAUGCAUUGGGACGACACUUGGGGCCUGCAGCAGCAAAGACCUUGUGCAAAAGCAGCUCCAGGAGCUCCUGGAAACAGCCAGAUACCACGAGGAGGCAGAAAGGGAGGGACUUGCCUCCUGCUUUGGGAUCUGUGCCAUAAACCACAUGGAGGAGACCUUGGCCAAGCUGGAGGAGUUUGUCAGGUCUGAUGUCUUCAAGAAAUCCGUGGGGCUCUUCAGUAUCUUCAAGGACCGUAGUGACAAUGAAGUGGAGAAGAUCAAGAGCACCCUCAUCCUGUGCUAUGGGUACGUGGCUGUCUACGCACCCAAGGAGCUGGUGCUCUCCAGGAUCGAAGCAGACAUCCUGAAGAACAUCUUCCAGUACUUUAACACCAAGGUUCUGGGAAUAAAAGUAGAAACCAAGGACCUGACGCUGAAGCUCUGCCUCAUCCGGAGCAUCUGCAUGAUCAGCCAGGCCAUCUGCAACGGGGGCAAGUGUGGGGACUUCAGCUUCUCCCGCAAGGCCGAGCUCGUGGCCCAGAUGGUGGAGUUCAUGAAGGCAGAGCCUCAGGACACGAUGCGGACGCCAGUUCGCCAACGGGCCAUGAUCACCUGCACUUACCUGGUCAUCCUGGAGCCCCACCUGAGUGACCCUGACCGGACAGAGCUCAUUGACACUUGCCUGGCUGGCGUGCUUGCGCUCCCACCGCUGGAGCUGGCCAGGGACAGGGAAGAGAAUGGCACCGAUGCCAUUCCCAAGGAGGUACUGUAUGGUGACACCAUGAGUGCCCUCAAAGACCUGCUGAAGAGCCUCCUGCAGAGGAACCUGACCCCCCAUGGGCUGCAGGACAUGUUUGCGCAUUUAGGCCCCUGGAUCAAGUCGAGCAAGGACCACGAGCGGCAGCGGGCGGUGGAGGUCAGCGCCGCCUUGUUGGACUUCUACCUGAGCAAACUCAACGUCAGUACCGUGAUCCCCUUCUACAACCUCAGCGUCCUCGUGGCGCUCUUCUCCCCGCGCUGCUCCGACUCAGUGGGCAGUGUCCGCCUGCACGCCGUGGACUGUGUCUACUGCCUGCUCUACAUCCAGCUCUGCUACGAGGGUUUUGCCCGGGAUCACCGGGAUGAGAUGGUGGAGGGGCUGAAAGUGCUGAAGAAAGGCCUGGAGGAGCCUGACUUCACCGUCCUCUUCCACACCUGCAACAACAUGGCCAUGGUGGUCGGGAAGCGCGUCCCUCCGGACCAGCUCAUGAGCCUCCUGCUCGCCCUGUUCGAGGGGCUGGUGGAUCCCGACAGGAAUUGCUCCCGAGCAGCCACCGUCAUGAUCAACUCUCUGCUCAAGGAGCGUGGAGCAGUCCUGCAGGAGAAGGUCCCUGACAUCAUGAGCGUCAUCCACAGCAAGCUGGAGGAGGUGGAUGAGGAGCACAUCCGGAAGGCUGCCCAGCAGACCGUUUACAUCCUGGCUUCCCAGCACAAGAGCGUGGUGGUGUCCAGCCUACUGGGCAGUGCGCUGCCCUUUGACAGCCACACAUGCACCAUGUGGAGGUCUCUGGCCACCGAGCCCACCCUCACCUC